UUUCUUCCUCUUUUUCCUUCCUCCUUCGACCUUUUUCUUGUUGUUUCUCUCUCCCCUUUCUUCAUCUUCCUCUUUCCCCUUCUAGAUCUAUGUGGGUUCUCCCUUGAGAACUCAGAUCUAGGAACCCAGAUCUGGGUUGUUUCCAUACAGGCUAAGUUUUUUUGCUUUCUUUUUCUUUUUUGGUGUGUGUUUGGUUGCCAUGAAAGAUUGGUUUUUUGGGUAUUCACAGAUUCUUAGGAAACAGAAUUACAAACAAUGAAUGGCGUAGGAAUUCUUUGACCUUGGUGAUGAAUUGGAAGGCAACGUCGCGAUGGAGGAAAGAAUCGAAGGAAGGGAUCCAAGUGGAGUCUGGCUAGACAAGGCAGAUGCAGAGGGAAUCGGGUUUGAGAAAGUUUGGGUCUGUGCUUCUUGGGGAUUUUAGUGAUGAGAAAGGAGGUGGAAAAAGGAAGGUGUUUUGGGAAGUUAGGGUUAGGGUUUAAUAGUGGUUUGGAGAAGAUGAGGCGCGGAGCCAUGGAAAUCGGCUAUGGAGUUCGGGUACCGUUUGAGUCAUUAAUUUUGGUAAGAACAAAGAUUUGGGUUGGAGCAAAUCAAGAAGAGAGAAGGGUCGAGAUUAUCAGAUAGAAGGAUGUUGGACAACACCGGUGACCGUCGGUGGUGCCGAUGUGAUGUAGGUAAUUUAUGUGUGAAACCUAGAUUUGAGUUUGAGAAAAACCCAGAUCUGGGUUUGAGAGAAGACCUGGAUUUCGGAUGGCCACAAAAGGCACACCAGGAUCGCGUCACUCAUGCUCUUCGCUUGCUGAGUGAACCAUUCAUCAGUGCCGAGGAAGAAGCCUGGGAAAGAAGAAGGGGCGAAUGGAUGAGAGAGACGAAGGGAGGAAGAAGAAGAUUAAUAAUCUAAUAUUAAAUUAUGUGGGUUUUU